AUGGGGGACGCACUGUGUGGACCUUCAAAUGCACUUCAAAACUUCCAAAAACAUACCUCUGUGGACAGGACUCUUCAGCAAGAUCGCUUAUCUUCACAGCACGGUGCAGCCCAAGGGUUUCGAUCUCAUAAUCACAAUGAGGGUGUCUUAGAUUCAGAAUUCAAUACUUUUGAAACUGGUAUUUCUGGACCUGCGUUACCAAGCCUUCACGGUCCUCCCUUACUUCAGCAACCAGCGUUCUCCAGCCCGCACUUUAACCAACAUGGAAAACAUUCUGGGUGGGCCACCGAUUUCGAGCAACUCCAUAUUUCAUCACCUUCAGCUUCUGUCGUACAAACUCGUUUACAAGCUCAAACCGCUAUUCAGAAUCCUGUUUCUGUUGGCUGGCAAAAUGACCUCAUGAAUAACUCCAGGUCAGGGAUGCAAUCGGCGAUGCCGCAACGACAGAUGAUGCAUAACCCCAUGAUGAAUAUGCCACUACAAACAGUCGAUGAUUUCACAAUGAACCAUGGCGUCCCUGCACAGGCAGCUCAAUCUCACGACCCGCAGGGCUCGGAAAUAUUCGAUGACUCUGCUUUUGAAGCCGCAUUCGCAGAGGCUCGCGCUGAAGUUGAACUACAAGAGAACAAUUUGUGGUUGGAGGGGGAGCCUGUCAAUACACUGCCGUCGUUUGAGCAAAUCAGAAUAGGCUCUGACACGAUACCUGCUCAGCAUGCAGGAGUGGAUGAGGCCGAGGAACUUGCCCGAACAGCAGGGCAGCUUCUGGAAAGCGUUAGUCACGACCAAAGUCAAAAGUUCAAAGAGAGCAAUUUCCUUGCCUUGAUGCGCCAACUUCGAGACCGCGAAGUUACGGUCGAAGGCGACGAAUUCCGCCAAGUCAGUACCCUUCCAUAA